AUGGCCGGCUACCAACGACCCAUGAGUUUUUCCGAAAGACGAGGAAGCGCCCUCAGUGACGACUUGACCCUCGGCACAUCGACGAACCCCAUGGUUAACCACCGCUUGGAAAAGCUGCCUCAGCAGCAACGGCACCUGCGUGGACCUCCUACUCCCAGCAUGUCUACACCCGCCGCGGACUUUGAUCAACAACUCACUGGCUCACCUCCACCGCCUCCCACACCCGCUGCGUCUCCGGGACCUUCGCAUUUCCAACCAGAUUGGAGUGAUGCGGCUGAUGAUGAGGACUUCUUUCUCGCCAAACAAUUGAGUUUCGUUCACCAAUUUGUGAGCCCUUUAUUGAAAAAGGACCCAUUUACAAGUCUGCCAGACGAACUGUGUCUUCGGGUGUUAUCUUUCAUCGAUGACCCAAAAGUUUUAGCACGAGCCUCGCAAGUUUCCAAACGAUGGCGAGAUCUCCUUAGCGACGACAUGACAUGGAAGAAUCUUUGUGUCAAACACGACUACGGCCGCCGACUAUCAGAGGUCUACACACACGCACCUAAUUUCUCACCGAGACCAUCAGUACAGGCUUUGCAUGGACUCGAUGCCGACAUGACCAGCAGCAAUAGUUUCCCAGGCACGCGCCCUUAUUCCUACACCUCGGGGACCCGGUCGUUCGAGGGCUCGAAUACCUCUGGUCGACCCAGGUUACGGACUUACAAGUCUCACUUCAAGCAGAGAUAUCUAGUUGAAGCUGCUUGGCGAUCUGGCGGUACUAGCACAACGCGGAAUAUUACCCAAGAGGGGGGCGUCGUCACGAGCCUGCAUCUGACGCCCAAGUACAUCAUUGUGGCACUUGAUAAUGCCAAGAUUCAUGUGUUCGAUACUGAGGGAGACUCGCAACGCACCCUGCAGGGACAUGUUAUGGGUGUCUGGGCCAUGGUUCCUUGGGAUGAUACUCUGGUCAGUGGAGGCUGCGAUCGCGAUGUGAGAGUAUGGAACCUUAAGACUGGUGCCUGUUUACACACCUUGCGAGGUCACACAUCGACAGUGAGGUGCUUGAAAAUGGCAGAUGCAAAUACGGCGAUUUCUGGAUCCCGGGAUACAACCCUAAGAAUCUGGGAUAUCCGAACCGGCCUUUGCAAAAAUGUUCUUGUUGGUCACCAGUCCAGUGUUCGGUGUCUCGAGAUCAAGGGAGACAUUGUCGUAUCCGGUAGCUAUGAUACUUUCGCUCGAGUCUGGAGCAUUUCCGAGGGCCGUUGUCUUCAAACGUUACAGGGCCAUUUUAGUCAAAUUUAUGCCAUUGCGUUUGAUGGUAAGCGAGUCGUGACGGGCAGUUUGGAUACCAACGUGAGAAUUUGGGAUCCGACUUCUGGUGAGUGUCUGGCUAUCCUCCAGGGUCACACGUCUCUCGUUGGACAGCUUCAGAUGCGCGGUGACACCUUAGUUACCGGUGGAUCAGAUGGAUCGGUCAGAGUUUGGUCACUGAAAGAAAUGUGUCCGAUCCACCGUCUCGCAGCUCACGACAACAGCGUCACCAGUCUGCAAUUUGAUGAUACUCGAGUCGUGAGUGGUGGCAGUGAUGGCCGAGUUAAGAUCUGGGACCUCAAAACUGGACAUCUCGUCCGUGAACUCAUCGCGCAAGGUGAAGCUGUCUGGCGUGUUGCCUUCGAAGAUGAGAAGUGUGUUGCUUUGGCCUUGAGACACGGCCGUACAGUCAUGGAGGUGUGGUCGUUCUCACCACCCGAAGAUAUGCUCUAUGACCGACCACUCUCGCUUCAACAGCGGGUACUGGAGGAUGACCCGAAUCGCCCACUGAGCGCCAUGGCUAUCGACUAUCGCACUUCACAACAGACUUUGGUCAGUUCUAGCCGAGACGCUUCCACCCACGAUGUCGAGAUGAACGACGCUGGCCCUUCAACUGCCCCAUUGCAGGGCGGUACGUUCUUUCAUGACGACUGA